CCGCCGUUUCCGGUUUUAGAGACAGUUCGGUGGAAUUGCGUUACUGUCACGCAUGACAAACCCAAGAUAAAUAUGCUACCGCAUUUCCCGUAAACCCAUGCUGUGUUCUAUUCUGAGCUUCGUUGUUGCUCGGCUCGUUGGGAUCUCGUGGCUUGGCGAUUGAGAUCAUAGAAAUUCGCCACAUCACGCUUUUGUAGCUAUGCAUUUUGUAUUUUUGGAAUUCUUUCCCUUUUUAAUUGCGGCAUUUAACUUAACCUUCGCAUGGAAAGUUAAAGUUGAUCGCCAGCUCAAUGGAAUUGAUCACUUCGAGCUACUUGAUGACGACAAGAAGAGCAUUUGUACAACCGCAGAAAAAGCCAUGGAAUUCUGCGCCAAACACGGGGCUGUUAUGGUCAGAAAUACAAGAAUAUGUCUAGAUGAUCAACAAUCGCUUUACUGUCGAUGUAAUUCCUCAAAGUCGACGUUUUUACUGCACGAAGAAAGGUGUGUUGUUGAAGAAAAUGUUCCACGAUAUCUCCCGAUUGGACCUUUUCCAGGUAGGGUAUGACUUAAGAUUAUUACCAUAAUAUUCAUGGAAGAAAAAUCACCAUUUUUUUACGUUAAAAAUCAUGCGUUUUAUUUUGUAAAGUAACUGAAUGAUAACAAUAGCUCAAUGAACCACCACUCGACAGUGCGGCUUUUUAAAUGAGGAAUUGGAAUGCAGUUCCCUCUCUGGCAUUUGAUUUUGCAAUAUUACAAUAGUCCGUCUUAAUAUAACCUAGUACAUAUAUACAUCUAUCGUUAUACCUCUAAGGAAAAUAGGGGAAAAAGUGAAAGGCAAAUUGGAACGUAGAAGAUUGGUUAUCGAAAGUGAAACAGCUUUUUAUUUCAUAUCCGGCCCCUUUGUUUAUUGUUUGAGUUUUAAGAGGUAGUAAGUAAUACCAUAGUUAGUACUAACUAUGGUAAUACAUAGCGUUUUCUUCCUUUUUAAAAAGUGCAAGUGGCUGAUAAAAGUUGCAUUUUAUCUAAUAAGAAGCUCAUUUCCCCCAUGAAUGCAAUGAAAAUUUCUUUCAAUAAUUAUUCUUGCUACAGAAUGCGACUGUAAAUAAUAGGCUUUGAGGUUAGACAAGAAUGGCAGAAAUUUUCUUUUUUUUUCUGCAUUGCAAAACGACAUAAACUGUACGAGAAAUAGCGCUUGAACUUCCCGUAAGUGAUUAAGCCUUUUUUUUGGAAAGAAAGCUUGAAUUUUAAAACAUAACGUAACUACAAAAUCUCGCCGUGGGAGUUUUAAUUAUCGUGGGUGUAUGGACACGUUCGCCAUAAAAAGGCGUGUCGGUAUAAUCUUUUCCGGCUGGCCUGCUUGCUUCGUUUUUGUCGUGAUUUGUCUAGUAAUUUCACCAGAAAUUCAGAUAAUACCGAGAAAAAUCUUACAAGCGACGUGCGAAUCUUUUAAGCCAUUUAGUCUGAAUAGACUCAAUCCCAAGGGACUAGUACAUCUAUCGCUAAAAAACAUUUGUUUAGUUACAAGGGCCAAUAAGGAAAUGCCGGGAAACCAGAUGUGGAUGGGUUUCCUGUAAAAGAAAACAGUAUUAAUGUACUUAGCCCACGGACUUGUCUUAGUCUACCACCUUUUAUUCGACCUCUACCCGGACUGCGUAGGUUGUUUUUGUUCAACUGAUUUUCGUAAUUUUAUUUGCAAAAUAAAAUGCAUUUUUUGCGACGAGAGUUUUGGUAGGGGCGUGCCCUUUGCCGACACCACAUUAUUUUCAACUGAUUUUUGGCCCGAGGGGUUAGGCUUUUGUACAUUAUGCUAGCAUUUUUUCGAGCAUUUUAGUGAGGCAAAAGCAUUGAGCAUUAUUCGAGCAUUUUAGUGGCAUUUUUCCCGGAAAAUUUAUUUUUCUGAGGAAUAAAAUAGAAAUUAACUUUUUUCAGGAGCCCAUGCCCCAUGGGCUCCUGCGUUUUUAAAGAAAAUGAAGACUAAAACUCAAAAUUCACAAAAACCCUAAUACAGCUGUUUUUUUGCUGUAUUUAUGAACUUGUACACGUUGUCGUUGUUACUUGCAACACUUGCACGUUUUUGUAAGUGUAAACUUUGAAAUUAAUUUUAAAAAAACCUUUGUAUAAUGAGCAUCAUCCGAGCAUUUUAGUGACUGUUUUGGGGAGACCGAGCAUUUUAGUGGGAAAAAUGAAGCAUUGAGGUGGAGCAUUUUAGUUAGGAAGCAAAAGCAUAGUGUACAAAAGCCUACGAGGGGUACUUGGGUAAAUUUUUGCUGGGUAUGUGCCGAUGGCCUCUCAGAGCCCCUACCCCAUUAUAGUCUAUUCUGUGGCCAAUUAUGGACCCCAUCUUAGUCACUUUUGGGCAAAUAUGUAAUUUUCGCGAUCCCAGCUUAGUCACUCUCUAUGUAUGUAUCUUAUGAACCCUUUAAAUAAUUCAUCCUAAAAUGACUUGAGCCAUUUUUCACCUACAGUACAAACAUUCUGGUACGUUUGCUAACCUUCCGAAAAUGUCUGAACCCAUUCUAGUAACUCUAUUGAAAAUGCUACCCCAUUCUAGUCAAUCCAGUCGUGAAAAUGCGACCCAAUCCAGCAGCACAUCCCCAUUAGCCUCUUGUAAGAAAGUAUACCCUCCGGGUUUUUGGUUUGUUAACGUGAAACAAAAAACUGUGAAAAAGAAACCUAACUCAUGGGAUUGUCCAGUCCUGGACGACGAGUAGAAGUGGACAGUGGAAUUGCUAAGAAAAUGAUAUCGCCUUUCCCAAGAUACUUUAGCAUUGUCUCCUCUAUUCCUUUCAUUUCUCUGCUGAAAUUCUUCUGGCGAUCGAACUUUUGUUUUCCCAAUUCAUACCACAUGACGGUCCUAGGAGAAAUUCCUUUUGUGUUUUUGGAUAGGCCGACAUUUGAACGAAACAGCUCUCCGGGAUACAAACAUCACGUGGUUUGAAAUCCCUUAGUCUUCGAGGACUCCCUAUCGAGCCGUGUGUUUCAUAGGGCCCUAUAUUAGGGCUCAUAAGAGGGCCUUCGUCAGGGGCCCAUGCCUGCGUAGCGGCCGCCGUUUUUUUUUAGGGCGAAGCGAGAAGUUUUGAGGACGCGCGCGCGCGGGGGGGAAGAAAAGGAGAGGAGGCUUCUCUUCUGCCUUUCGCGUGUUCAUCGAGCGCGCUGUAUAAAAACUAACCAAAUAAACUAACUGGCGCCUACCACGCAAUCCAGCGCAGGCUAGCUGAGAGCUUGCAAACGCGUAGCUUGCUUAGUACUCGAUGGAAAGCGAACCUGUAUUCUAUUAAAUUCUUUAAAAUUGCUCAAGCGGAAAUGUUUAAAAGCGAAAUAUUUUCUCUCCAUUUGUUUCUCAAGACUGCAAGUUUCCCAUGGCCAUUCAAGAUAGUUCAAACCAUCGAAGCUGUAAUUCGAACCCAGUGCCCGCUCUGUUAACAAGUACCAAUGGCAAGCAGCGGAGUUAUUCGAUCUGCUCCGAGCUUACGUCACGAGAGGUCAUUAGCUGUGACGUUUCCAAGGGUAAUUCCUGGUACUUAAACAAUGGACGGUGGAAACGAAUGUGGGAACUGUAUUCAAGGGGAAAGUCUUCUAGUGGGUCAGAAGCUAAUCUGGAGUCGAUUCUUCAAAAGGUAUUUUAAAAAUCUAUCUAUACGUAACCACAUGAACGCAGCCUCGUGUACUAGGAAACUGUUACACGAGACGAUUCGCAACGACGAAUUUUAGCACAACACUGCGUUGCAACAUUGUUCCAACAUUGCAAAGCUGUGUAGCGCUAAAAAUCGUCGUUGCGAAUCUUACUGUGUAACAUCACCUUUAAGCGAUGAUGACGACAAGGGUAGUGAAAACGUCGCUAAAAAAUGAAUUUGCGUCCUUUCAAACUUUUUCGCGUCUAUUUGGACCCGCUCAAUUUGUGGAAUGUAGGCGGUUUCUCCUUCAGAUGAAUUCUUAAGGGCUUUAACCAGCUUCAAAAAGAGAAAGGGAAAUUCGUCGUCGCAUGUUCACGUACGUCCUUCAUAAAACGCCGUUUUAGGAGGUUUCAAGUCGUAGUCCUGCAGUGGACAUCAAACUGGAAUGUACUAAAAAGCGUGAAGAGCUGUUGUUUUGCUUAUAAAAUCAAUUGUUUUUUGACGUUGUCGUCGUCCGGUCGUGGUUUCUUAAGUUAGUUACUCGAUCAGACAAGUGACCUUUAACCCUUUAAGCCCCAAGAUCCACACACAAAUUCUCCAGAGUGAUCUCCACCCGUUUCUUUUAAGAAUAGUUGAGAGAAAUUGGUUUAAGAUCGAAGCAUUCUCCCUUUGGUAAUCAAUUUAGUGAUUCUCAUAACCUUUACUCUUCGUGAUCUACUGAUGUUGUUAGGAGAAAAUUGAUGUUGGUCACUCUUGGGGCCUAAAGGGUUAAUGGAAAUGAUAGAGAGCCUAUGAGAAUGAUACUUAACCACAAACUAGGGAGGCGGUUAUUAAGUACUUAAAAAGUAGACACCAUUCACCAAGGUCACGUAGAAUGUUGUUGGUUUGGUUUGCACUUGUGUGCAGGCCGGAGGAGGGUCCGCGUUUUGACCCCGGGGGGCGGGGGGACUCCGCAUAUGAAAGGGUUGGGGAUGCUCGUCGUCUCGCUUAGGGGUGUAAAUUUCGGAUUUGGGUCUCACUUAUGGUGUUCUGGGCAAAACGCCAUCAUAUUUAGCCGUGAAGGCCUCGUUUAGGGUUGCACGCGAAAAAAUAUAAAAAUAUAUAUUUGAUAUGUAUAUUUUUUGGUAUCUUUUAUGGUCAAAAGAAGCUUGGGCCACGCCCAGAUCGGUCUCCUUUAGGGGUUUUAAUUCAAAAUUUCCGACGAGCAUCCCCACCCUUUUCAUAUGCGGAGUCCACCCCCCGGGGUUUUGACCUGGGAACUAUGAGACGAUGAAAACUAGAAAGAUAGUACUCGCAUUAACCUGAUCACUAAACUUCAAUAAACUUCAACUUCAACUUCACUUCAAAAAGGAACCCUGUAAUUGAGUUACUUUCCAUAAAAAGGGGGAAUUUAAAUACUCCUUUGUCCUUCACAUUAGAUGCAUUCAGGUCAAUAAAUCUGCGGGCAAAUGGGCCGUGUGUCUCUACUAGUCCUAUUCUUUCAAUUCAAUAGUAAUCAAGGAUGACUUUAAUAGAGUAUCCACUGUAGUCACCUUAGUAAUGCUGCUCCUAAACGGGGAUCAAAUCAGGGACCAAUUUAAGUACUCUGUGAAAAAUUUGGACAUCACGAAGUUACGUGUAAAGAAUUCACAGAACGCUCUUCUGAUUUAAACACAUGGUUUUUCAUUUCCAUCUGUAGUUGAGCUCGAAUAACUCAAGAUGGAGUGGGUUUAUCGUUUCCCUGCAAGCAACUUGUACAGUGAAAUCGGAUUUUCUAAGACUUCGAGGCAACCCACCACCUGAGGAGAUAAAAACCUGUCUUCUCCUCAAGAUCAAUGGUUUCCACCUAUGUAAGUGUAGCGGUCUUUCUAGGUUAUAGAACGUACGUCAUAUAACGUGCGUUUUGUUUCAAGUAUCAAUAGCUGUCAGAUUUGAGUGGUCACACUUCAGGAUUUCAUCCACAGACUCAAAAGUUACAACCACGUUGUACAGCAUAACAAACAGUACCACAGGAAAGCACUGCUCAGUAGGUUUCAUUUGAAUCGUCACAUUUUGAAUCGUCAACGAUUCAUUUGAAUCGUUGACGUCGUAGUCAUCCACGGACUCAAAAGUAAGAACCACUUUGUGCACCAAAAUAAACAGUACCACAGAAAGCUGAGUACUUCUCAGUAGCUUUCAUUUAUAUGGUCACUUUGCACGUAAGUUCGUUUCAUGACUGGUUUACUUAAUUUUAAUCUUAAAUUUUCCGUUUUCCCUUUUAGGGUCACUGAAAUUACAUCAGAUGAACUUUACUCAACCAAGGGCAGAUAUAAUAUUUAAUACGACACGGAAUUAUACCAGCCAUUUAGAAGAUUACACAAACACUUCGUCAGAUAGAACAGUGACAAAGAGUGGUUUAACUACAACACUGCGAAUUCCUACAACGGCAACUUAUAGCAAAAGUGUAGAACCACAUAGCUGGACAUCUGUUCCUCUUGUUGUAUUUUACAGCGUCAUAUUAGUUGUUAUUGUUGUUAUUACUCUUUGGGUGUUGCGUGAUGAAUGUCGCCCGUCUCUGGAGACUGCUUGGUGAGUUUGUACUUUGUUUUAUGUCAUUUUAACGUUUAACCUUUUCACUAUUAACUUGCUAAGUGGUGUUGUCCAAUUACAGCAGCCGUAGACAUUUCAAUAAACCGAUCAGAUCUCAAGGCAAAAUGAUGUCGGGAAAAUCUUUGCGGGCAAGUCCCAAUGAGGUCAUUCACUUUCAGCUUGAAUUCUGAUUGGUUUAACUAAUGGCGCGACUUUUGCAGCCAAUCACAUAGUGUACCAGAUGCAACCUCGUUCCCGGGGGACGAGACGAAGUUGUACCUGAUGUAAGUCGGACCCGAGGUAGAGGUUGAGACCUUUGUAUUUGUUAGGGUCUUGAACCAUUUUCUUUUAGUUACUAACUAGCUCUAAUAUCUCUGAUUUCAGGAAAGCGUCAAAACGAAGGCAGAGCAUAGGUGUGUAAAAAACCUUAUUUUUAUGUUUGUAUUAUCACUGAAUUAAAUAUUAGGUUAAGUUCCGUUUUCUGGUCUACCAAAAAACGGCCCUCGACUCUUCCUUUUUUUAAACGAGGUAUUUUCCUCUCGACAUAUUAUUAAAGACAUGGAUAAAAAUAUUUAGAAAGAAAAACGUCUUUUGUUACAGUAUUUUUGGAGUCCCUAACCCAUCCCACUUGAAAGUUCCAUGAAAAAUCGAACCUUAAGUAAGACGAUUCAUCAUUUUUUCCUGUCAUAGGAAAUCCAACGUACGAACGAGGCCGUACCAACAGCCUUUCUUUGAUGCCAAUGAGAACUGUCAAUCAUUCAGACCCUUCUCCGUACGCCGUUUCCCCCUGUGCUGCAGUAUAUCAGCCAAUAGUGGAAAAUACCAGGCCACACAACCUAAAUGAUUGCAGUAACUUGUAUGAGAGUUUGAAAAGCGUCAAGAAAAAUUCACAGCGAAGAGCGGCGACUAACUCAUUGUACCAGGAUUUGAACAUUGCCAAUACAGAUGCGUCGAGUGUGAAUGCGAAUUCAGAGGAAAUGAAUUGCCCACCGGAAGCGGAAACGAAAACCCCUUCGUCGUUGGCAUCAAAUGACAGUAACUCUUGUGGACCAACAAUUGCCAGUUCAAACAGACGCUCUGUUAGCGCUAGCUUUACUCCAACGCGAUCAAAAAAGAAGCCGCGGAGCAAAUCCGAGGUAUUAGAACGCAAGAAAUUUUCUCUUGUCAAAACAACUGGGAUAUACUCUCUUCCUGUCACGAAUGGUACAAAUCCUGCGUCGGUUGAUUCAAACAAGCAAUGUGAUUUAAUAUCAGUGCGCAUGCGUUCAAAGCAAACUGUGAAUAACAGGACUGGAGAAUUAGACCGCGAGGAGUGUCCUGAAGAUGAAACAAAAAUAGACGAAUUGACUGUCUUAUGUCAAUCAAACCCGUCGUCAUCGUCACCAGACAAAGACACCACACCACACCACAAUGAUAUUGGUCUUAGUAAUAUGUCUUCAGAAAGUGAUGCAAUUCGUGAAAGCUUACAAGAGGAUUCUUUAAGUGGCUUGGAAAUUGUUGUAGAGUCUGACUGUAGCGAGUAUGAUGAAACAGAAAACCAGUCUAACCAGUCAGGCCCGUUUUACUAUGUACUGGAAGGACCUAAUCCAACAUGAAGAUACAAAUCAGCUUUCUAUUUUUUGUUACAAUAAAUGGAUAGUAAUGCCUUGAAUUUCGGUUUUGAAUCGUUCUAUCAUUGAUUCAAACAACACGAAUGUUUUGUUCUAAAAAAUACAAGAAUAUAACAGAGUUAGGGAACUGUGUUAACAGUCCGAAGUUUUUCUAUUUUUAUGAUAUUGUAAGUGUAAGACUUAUGACUUAUCUACACUGUAAUUGCUCAGAUUUUGUCUAUUAAAAAUUCCAUUUAAUAGUUUCAGGCAACAUCUCCAGAAUCAACAUUUUACUGAUUGGCUUACUUAAUUACAAAAUACAAACGACCUUGUUUUGAUGACGAUGGCAUG